AUGUCUAGUGUACAUUCAAAAUCAUUUGAUGGGGAUCUUACUUCACAUAGAAGUGUCGAAUAUUAUGAUGAUUCCAUGAAUAGUUCUGGGCUGCCAUUCAAUUUCUUGGCUCCAUCACAAGUCAGAGGAUCUACAUUUAUAAUGGAUUCUAAUAUCUCCACUAUCAACAACAUCAAAGUUAUUUGUCGAUUUCGACCUGAAAAUGAAAAGGAACUACAAAAGGGUAAACUGAUUGUUGAAUUUCCAAACACUCAAACUGUGACAUUAUAUGGAAAGGAUUACACAACCCAUUAUUCUUUUGACAGAGUAUUUUCCCCUGAAGCAAGUCAAUUAGAUAUCUACCAAUUCUCCAUUGCCGAAACAGUCGAUGAUUUAAUAAAUGGUUACAAUGGUACUGUCUUGGCCUAUGGUCAGACUGGUUCAGGUAAAUCGUAUACCAUGUUGGGUGGACCACAAUUACUGGAUCCUAAUUCCAAAGGUAUUAUACCUAGAAUAUCCCAUGAAAUAUUUGAGAGAAUUUCGGCAAAUGAAGCCGUGUCGUCAGAGGUGGAAUAUUCUGUGUGUGUUUCGUUUAUGGAAAUUCAUAUGGAACAAAUUCGAGAUUUAAUCGAUGUUGUCAACAAUGAAUUUGAUCAUAAAUUCACUAUACAUGAAGACAAACUGAAUGGUAUAUAUGUGAAGGGGCUAGCUACAAGACUGGUUACUAAUGAAUUGGAGCUAUUAAAUAUUCUUUCUGAAGGGUUAAAGUACCGUUCCAUAUCAUCUACUCAAAUGAAUGAAGAAAGUUCGCGGUCACACACAAUUUUCCAAGUUAAAUUAACUCAAAAGCAUAUGGAGACUGAAGUGAUUAAACGAUCAAACUUGUUUCUUGUUGAUCUUGCCGGUAGUGAAAAAGUUGACAAAACUGGUGCUCAGGGGCAAACUUUAGAAGAAGCAAAGAAAAUUAAUUCUUCAUUAUCAGCAUUGGGUAAUGUGAUCAAUGCCUUAACUGAUGGCAAAUCAACUCAUAUCCCCUAUAGAGAUUCCAAAUUGACACGUAUUCUACAGGAAUCCAUUGGUGGUAAUUCAAGAACCUCGUUAAUCAUCAAUUGUUCACCAUCUUCGUUCAAUGAGUUGGAAACGUUGUCGACACUUCGAUUUGGUACCAGAGCUAAAUCAAUUAAGAAUAGUGCUCAUGUAAACACUGAAUUGAGUACAGCAUCUUUGAAGAAUCGAAUUACUCAAUUAGAGAAGAUGAAUCAAAGUAAUCAAUCUUAUAUCAAGCAAUUGGAAGAUGAAUUAUCAUCGUACCGUUCAGAACCUCAUUCAUCACCACUGAUGUUCUCCAUGAUGAGAAAUAGUACUGCUACCACAACUAGUAUUGCCACGUCUUUGGCCACUAAACCCAGCAACUUCCAAUCUCGGUUACCAAUACCAUCUACCGCGUCAAUUAUAUCGUCACCACCGCCUAGUCUUGCGAGAAAUAGUCACAUGAGCGAUGAAUUAGAUCGUCGUGAUAAGAAAAUUGAAGAAUUAGAAAAUGUGAUAUUGAAUUUGAAGAUGCAAAAUUUGAAAACAUCACAUCAAGAAGAAAGUAAAUUGUUUUCAUUGGAAAAUUCUUUACAGAAUAUUACUAAUAAAUUGAAUGAAGUUGAAUUGGUUAACAUUAAUUUGAGAAAGCAUUUGUUGAUCAGUGAAAAAAUUAUUGAGAGUAGAGACAAUAAAAUCAAUAAAUUGAAAUUAUCAUUAAAGGAACAACAAUUAUUGAUUUCACGUGAGACGCUAGGGUUCAGAAAUAGAUUAGGAGAAAUUCAAAUGAAAUUAGAAGAUUUGAAUAAAUAUAAAGAAGAGGAAAUGAGUAUUAAACGAGAAACUUUAUUAUUACAACGCCAACAAAGUAUUGGUGGAGUCAGCAGUGCUGGCACUGGUACUGGGUUUGGAGGUGGACUUGAUAUUAUGCAAAGAUCUGGUACAACUUCUACAGAUGACAUUCAAAGUAUCUCAGCAUUUAAACCUGAUCCAGAGUUAAUUGACAACAUGUAUGAUGAUGAUAGAAGAGAAGUAGAAGAAGGUAACCAACCUCAUCACCAAUAUCAACAACAACAACAGCAGCAUCAACAACAGCAAGAAGAACACUUUGAUGGCGGUAGUCAUAACCAUGAUGGUGAUGAUGAACAAGAAGAAGAAGGUGGAGAAGAUCAUUCUAAUACUUUGAUCAAUAGAAGUUCUGAUAGUCAAAUCUCCAAAAAUGGAUCUUUGAGAUUGGCUAAUGAUAUAGAUAAAGAAUCACUUCAAGAAGGCUUCUCAAUUUAUUCCUCCAAAAAAUUAGAUGACGAAUACGAAGGUAAACCACCACAACAACCACAACAAAGAUUGGCUGCUAGUGCUAGUUUUGGCAAUUACAAAAAUGGACAUAAUGGGAUCUUGAAUUUUCAACAAGAAUAUCUUUCCAUCAAUGAAUUUUUAAAAGAAAGUAGAAGAAGAUCAUUAAUGAUGGCUAAUCCAGCUACAAAUUUCACCCCAUCCACUAUUCCAUCACCAGCACAACAACCUCGUGUAUUGUCAGACGUCGAUAGUUCAGAUACUUCAGGGAUGUUUGGUAGUGGUGAUGCUGCUGGUUCCAUGACACCAUCAUCAAAAUCACAGAAACAUAGACGUAAUCAUAGUUCCAGUGGUGGGUUAAAUUUGAAAAUUGUGAAACCAUUGAAAUCAGCUGCUUCAUUGGGGAUUUUCUAA